AUAUGAAGGUGGACUUUUAAAAAAACAAAACACAGCCUCUGUGUCGUCGCUUGAGGCGAUUCAUUCUUUGAAGCAUGGGGUGCAUUUUGGAGGGGUUUCUGUGGGCCUGGAUGAUCCUGGAGUCUGGGGCCGGUUCAGUUACACUGCCAGAGAUAACAGAUAGGAAGUUCAUCAAUGAAUGUGUGAAGGAACACAACAGGGCGCGGUCAUCUGUCAGUCCGCCUGCAAGUAACAUGCUGCAUAUGACUUGGGAUGACGACUUGGCCAUUACAGCCAGAUCAUGGGCACGACAGUGUGUGUUUGAACACAACCCUGACCGAGCACACCCUUCCUUUGCCUCAGUAGGUGAGAACGUAUGGACAGGUUACCCACCAUCAUCUUUCUAUGUGACGGGUGCAACGCAAAGUUGGGUGGAUGAAAAACAACAUUAUGACUACAACAGCCAAGGCUGCACAAAUGGCUGUGGCCACUACACCCAGGUUGUGUGGGCGAGCAGCUACAAGGUUGGAUGUGCAGCCCAUCUCUGCCCAAAUGGUGUUAAAGGAACUGACUUUGGUCCUAGAGAAGGGGUCGUUUUUGUAUGCAACUAUGCUCCAGCGGGUAAUGUGAUCGGAAGGAAACCAUAUGAAUCUAAAGGAGCAGCCUGCUCUGGAUGUGAAGGCGCCUGUGUGAACAAUCUCUGCGGCAACGGUUGGACCUCUGUGACCAGAGGAUCAAACUAUGUGGCUAUCCUGGUGGUCCGGCCGAUUGCCCUCAUACUCACCUUCGUUGCAGCGUAUGCAGUCCGACACUUUUACCCCGAUAUCUUCUGCUAUGAAUAGACCUCCUGAACUUCUGAAGUGACCUGAAGGACAAUAUUGAGAAUUCUCCUAUGGGAUGUUUGCAUUUGAUUUUGGAUGAUUGCAGAAAAUAAGAUCUGUGGCAAACACACGUUUCUGAAGUGUAUGUGUUUUGUUCAGCAGGAUAAUCUUCACAGAUGAACGCCAUUUUUAUGAUGUUUGAAGCGUUAAUGCGGCCGACAGAAGUAAAAAGCUAACAUUAUGCUACAAGCUAACUACACCACGGUCGGAUGAUUGUGACGUCACUAGCGUUACGCUUCAGAAGAUCUCCGAUAAACUAAUCCACGUAGUUUGAUAAAUAGUUUACUAACAUAAUAUUCACCUUAACCUAAAGAUUAAACCUACAGGAGAUCACAGACUAGUGAGAGAGUUCCCGCCCUCUGUGUCCGGCGUGAUGGCGUUUAAUGUCCCCGACAAACACUGUAGUCACAUUUAGCCACGUGUUAGCAACCGCCUUUUUAAAGACGCGUAAAAACUUCAAAAUUCACAAGUGGGGGUAUUACCUAACGUGGUUUAUGUGGUCUAACAAAACACCAACAUCUCUGAAGCUUGUGUUAACCACAGACCUUAUUUCAGGCGUCUAACCACAAACCCAUUCAAAAUCCCUGUUGACUUUUAGACGAUAGCUAUAGUAAUGCUAACUUACUUCCAGGUUUUAGGACUCAUUCCUGUGGCGCUCUAUUGCACUUGAAUUUACACAGAAUGACCGUGAACUAAAAACGCAGAGUAUGUUCUUCUUCUUCUCUCUAGUCCUUGACUAAAACAGCUUUUAUACAGAAGGGGAGGAGUCAGCCGUCCCGUCCAUGUAAACACGGCUCUGACAACAACACAGCCAGCGGGACUCAAGCUUCUCACUCAUUGUAGACAGUCAUGACUCAGUUUGGUGGUGAUGGUUCAAAAUUACAUUACAGAGGUUUACAUGUAUUUAAUACUUGCACUAACCAGUUUAUGUGAACUAUAUAUAUUCUGCAACCCUGUAGUGAGACACAGCCACAAAGCUUUGGUUUGAAUUCCCUUUGCUUCCAGAUGUAUUCAGGUCACUUUGUCCAAAAGAUCAUUGAUUUAGGAAUACCAAUUGGCAAUAACAGCAAACGCAAUUAUUUGCGAGUUGACUUGUAACAGGUUCAAUAGAAUAGUGUAUUUUUGUUGGUGUGUAUAUGUAUUUGUAUCUGUUGCAUUAUGGAUGUAUCCCAAAACCAGUUGACUUAAAUAUAUAUUUUUGACAA